GAAUAUAGACAGACCAUGAUCCUGACACCGGACAGCAGCGCGCAGGCCACGAUGGCGACGUCACCGGCACCCGAAUCCCCCAUCUCGAGCAUAUCUUCCCACGGUUCCCGCGCGUCCAGCGUGUCGCGCAUGUCUUGCGUAUCUCAGGGAAUGUCCAGCCCUUAUCACGUGGCCCAGUUGCCGCAUCACCUUAGCCCCAACAUGCCUACCAUGGACUCCACCGUUUCCUCGGCGAAACCUGAGCCUGAAUUGAACAUAGAAUUCGACGGGACCACGGUAUUGUGCCGUGUUUGCGGGGACAAGGCGUCCGGUUUUCACUAUGGAGUACACUCCUGCGAGGGAUGCAAGGGAUUCUUCCGGCGCAGCAUUCAACAGAAGAUUCAGUACCGGCCCUGCACCAAGAAUCAACAGUGCAGCAUCCUGCGCAUCAACAGGAACCGCUGCCAAUAUUGCCGUCUCAAGAAGUGCAUCGCUGUCGGGAUGAGUCGUGAUGGUGAGUCCUAUUUUUUUUCUGUUUCUUUGCGGUUGCAGGCAUGCCCCCUGAACCCUAACCCCCAGCCGUUGACUGGCCAGCAAGAGCUGCUGCAAGAUUUCUCGAAGAGGUUCUCGCCCGCGAUCCGUGGCGUGGUAGAAUUCGCGAAACGCAUUCCCGGAUUCAGCCUGUUGGCGCAGGACGAUCAAGUGACGCUGCUCAAGGCGGGCGUGUUCGAGGUGUUGCUUGUCCGGCUGGCUUGCAUGUUCGACGCCCAAACGAACAGCAUGAUCUGCCUGAACGGGCAGGUGUUGAAACGCGAAUCCAUCCACAACAGUAGCAACGCCCGUUUCCUAAUGGACUCGAUGUUCGACUUCGCCGAGAGGGUGAACUCGUUGCGGUUGUCGGACGCCGAGCUCGGCCUCUUCUGUUCCGUGGUCGUGAUCGCGGCCGACAGGCCCGGUCUGCGCAACACCGAGCUGGUCGAGCGCAUGCACAACAAGCUGCGGAACGCCCUCCAAACGGUCCUCGCGCAGAACCACCCCCAGCAUCCGGACAUCCUCAGGGAAUUGUUGAAAAAGAUCCCGGACCUGAGGACAUUGAACACCCUCCACUCGGAGAAACUGUUGGCGUUCAAGAUGACCGAGCAACAGCAACAGAUGCAGGCCCAGCAACAGCACCAGCAACAGCAAACGCAGCACGUGAUCAACGCUCAACAACCGCAGCAGCAGCAGCAGCAACAACAACAACAGCAGCAGCAACAACAGCAGCAGCAGCAACACUGGCCUAUGGAGGAGGAGCCGGCGGCGUCCUGGGGAUCGGCCUCGGACGUCACCCUGGACGAGGCUGUGAAGAGUCCUCUGGGCAGCGUGUCGAGUACCGAGAGCACCUGCAGCGGGGAGGUCGCCUCCCUGACGGAGUACCACCACGUGGCCCCGCCAAGCGGACACCACGCGUCCAGCGCCCCCCUCCUGGCCGCCACCCUGGCCGGCGGCCUCUGCCCCCAUCGCCGACGAGCGAACUCGGGCAGCACCAGCUCGGGGGACGACGAGCUCCACCGUGCCUCCCUCUCGAAAACCCCCCAACCGCCCCAAUGCCCCCGAUUCCGCAAGCUCGACUCGCCGAGCGACAGCGGCAUCGAGUCGGGGACCGAGAAGGCUGACAAACCGGCGAGCAGCAGCGCGAGCAGCGCCCCGACCUCGGUCUGCUCGAGCCCCCGGUCCGAGGACAAGGAGGUGGAGGACAUGCCGGUGCUGAAGCGGGUGCUGCAGGCGCCCCCGUUGUACGACACCAACUCUCUGAUGGACGAGGCGUACAAGCCGCACAAGAAGUUCCGCGCCCUCCGCCAGAAGGACAGCGCGGAGGCCGAGCCAGCGGUGAUCGUGCAGCACACGCAGUCCCAGCUCCAUCUCCACUUGACCUCGCCUCCGGCGCGAAGCCCGUCGAGCCAGGCGCAGCAGGCGAGCCAGUGUCCCCAGACGGCGAGCCUGUUGAGCAGCACCCACUCGACCCUGGCGAGGAGCCUGAUGGAGGGGCCACGGAUGACGGCCGAGCAGUUGAAACGCACCGAUAUCAUUCACAAUUACAUAAUGAGGGGCGAGGCGAGCCCCAGGUCGCCGAACGCCUCGCCCUCGCCCGCGGAGCAGUGCGCGUCCACCACCACGAUCACCGCGCGAUCGCCCCAAGGAUCUCAAGGCUUGUUGCAGUGCGCGACCAGCAACUACUCGACGACCAGGUGGCCGGCCACGUCCGUCAUCACGACGACGACGGGCGCCCGGCAACAGCAGCAACAGCAGCAGCAACAGUCUUCCUCGGACUACCUCAUGGUCGGCAAUUCGCCGGCCUCGUCGCCAAGGUACCUGUCCGCGGCGGCGACGAGUAGUACGAGCACGAGUCCGCGGCCCGCCUCGAGUACGGCGGCGACCCUCGUGUUGUCCGGCUGCCCCAGCAACAUGAUGGAGCUGCAGGUGGACAUAGCGGACAGCCAGCAACCGUUGAACCUGUCGAAGAAGUCGCCGUCCCCGUCGCCCAGGCCGUUGGUGGGCCCGUGCAAGGCGUUGUCCCUCGAGGCGUAGUGCUCCGUGGAUGGGCGAAGGGGCCGUGUGAACGUGUCUUGUGCGACGGGUGAUGAUGCUCCGCACCCCGCACCAUCCUGGACGACGGCAGAGCGCGACGACGACCAACCAGCGACCCGCCUAUGAGUUGUAUCAACGGACGCGUUGUUUGUGCGGAUUAAUUACGAGAGGGGGAAGGAAGGGAAAGAGAGAGAGAGGAGGGGGGGGAAGAAAUUCGGUUGAAAAAUCGAAAUCGACGGAGUUGGUUCGGUGGUGUGUCGAUCGAUAAUGUUGGUGUGUCGCGCGCCACGUCGUUUCCCCUCCCGGGAAGAGACACGGAGUGAGAACUGAAUGGGAGAACGGAGGAAUUUGGAGAAAAAGAAGA